AUGUUUGUCUAUGGAUGGGAUCAUCAGGCCCCUCUUGUACACCCUAAAGAUUGCCCAGCAGCAGCAGCAGCAACAGAAGCAGCAGGAGCAGCAGGAGGAGGAGCAGCAGGAGGAGCAGCAGGAGCAGCAACAGGAGGAGUAACAGGAGGAGCAGCAGAAGCAGAAGCGGAAGAAGAAUCAGCAUUAGCAGCAGCAGAUGAAGAGCCAGCAGCAGCAGCAACAACAACAGCAGCAGGAGGAGCAGCAGCAGCAGCAGCAAGAGGAGGAGUAUUAUUUCCUCAGCCUAAUUGUACACAAGAAGAAUAUUCUUCUCCUUUUAUUGAUUGUGAUUAUCCUAACUCAUGGUCUAUUGAUCUCAAUUCGUAA